GACCGUCAAACGUCGUGGAAACGUGCAAGCAAGUUAGGGUGUGCGUCGCAAUAUCAGUAUCGGAGUUCGAACGGGGCAGAAUGAUUAGUAUCCGGAAAGCGGGUUUGUCGUACCUCGACAUUGCAGCUUGAACGGGGCGCGCUUCUACGACAGUGAUACGUGUGUGGAAUCAGUGGAUAGAGGAGGAGCGAACACAACGACGAACGGGUACGAAUGUGACCACAGCGCGAGAUGGCUGCCAUCUUGUCCGCAAGGCCAUAACCGACAGAACGAUGCUGUCCAUAGUGUUGACUCUACUGUGAAGCACUGCAACGAGUGUGGUCAUGUCUGUGACGUCGGUUUGACACCGUCUGCUGAAGGCUGGACCGAUGUUACGCAUACCACUGCGUCAGAUUCCGUUGCCCAGAAACCACCAACGCCUCAGAUACCACUGGGCACGUGAACGUUUACACUGGUGUGUUGAGUAGCAAAAUGUACUGUUUUCGAACGAGUCCCUUUUAAUUUAUGCUUCAGCGAUGUCCACGAACGUGUUCGAAGCUACCGUGGUGAUCACAUGAACUACCAGACUACAUUGUUCCGAGCCAUAGCAGACAAGCGCGAAGUGUGAUGGUUCGGGGCGCCAUUGGCUACAAUGUGCGAUCUCGCCUCAUACGUAAUCUAAGCAACAACCACUACUGAAGGUUUUUUUAAGUAGUAGUUGUAGUAAGGUACUGCCCCUACUGCAAGCAGCUCCACAUGCCAUAUUUUAGCAAGACAAUGCCCGACUGCAUGUGGUGAGGAAUGAGUAAGCUUUCUGCCAAGAACGACUGAUACCACUGCUUCCCGGGCUUGCACGUUGGCCUGACAUGUCGCCCAUCGAACAUUUUGGGAUAUGAUCGGUCAGCAACUUGUUCGUUCUGGUCCUCCUGCACUGUCGAUACUUUAUGGUCACGCAUAGAAACCGCGUGGCAGUGUCUUCCCCAGCCGCAUAUUCAGUUUCUCCUUGCAUCCAUGCCACGGCGUCUAGAGGCUCUGAUGGCAGCGCAUGGCGGCUUCGCAGCUUACUAAAUACUCAAGGUCAAGAUGCAGAUUUGGCAACCAAUCCGAGGUUGGUAAAGAAGAGCUGUUAUACGAAGACAAAGAAGCGGAGGAUCAAUGAACCCCUCUCCGUCAAAUGUGGAUGUUCUACCAGCAACAGCGCCGCCUGAACCAAUGGCACCCGCAUCAGUGCCUUCUGGAUUAGAAUAUCUUUAUAAUGUAAACCACCUAUCUGUUGAGCAAUCUCUGAGCUGUUGCGGGGGGCAAAUCCUGUACGUCGCCAAGGAAACGACUGACUGCUUGACACGCCAAUGCUGGAGAAAUGCACGCCCUGCGCGUUUCAAGGUUGUCGAUCACACGAAGAAAGAAGUGGUGCACAUGCGUCGGCCUCUUUCUUGCAGCUCGUGCUGGAUCCCCUGUUGCCUGCAGUCAAUCGAAGUUUCGAUGCCGAAGGGGGAGACACUGGGCUCUGUGAGGCAACUGUGGAGUCCCAUACGACCUUUGUUUCAUGUGAUAAACGAAUAUGGGGAGACAGUAUUGAAGAUUUCUGGUCCAUGUUAUAUUCAGUGUUGUUCUUUCUGCAAUUGUGAAGUUCAUUACAAGAUACUGGCAGUCGAUGGCUCAAAAAUUGGCCGCAUCACAAAAUUAUGGUCAGGGGUUUUUCGUGAGCUUUUUAGUGAUUCCAACAACUACGACAUAAAAUUCCCUCCGGAUCUCGAUGUCAAGAUCAAGGCUGUUUUGUUAGCCGCCUGUUUUCUAAUUGUAAGUGUGAGUUGUUACCGUUGCGGCGAUGAAGAUUGUAGUUCUAUAUUUAAGAUGUUUCAAUGUUAAAGUGGUGUUGAGAUUCCGAUUUCAAUCGAUGAUUCUCGGCGGAGUACGUAUUCCAAAACAAAAUUCUUUGACAGUGUCUUCUGGAAGGGAAUAUUACUGACGAUGUUUUAUUAGAGUAAGACGGCCCUUUAUAUCUUUGGGUUUCGAACUAGAUAGAGUGUAUAUUUUUCGUAGAUAUGUCUAAGGAUUUUAAACCAAAAUUGAUAAAAGAAGCAGGCUUGUUAGCUAUUGUAAAUGUUUAAUUUGGUUUAAUAAGGGAUAUUAGGGAUUCAGAUCAGAGGAUUAAUUUGAACCAGAAUUCAUUUUUGACUGCAAGAAUGUAUAACAAAAACGUCUUGAAAUUUAAAUAAUUGGCACGGUUGUCUUUCUUAACCAAUAAAAAACUAUUUUCUUUGAAUGAUCUAGUUAAAAUAUUUGUUCAUUAUAUUAUUUUUAAGACCUUAUAUGGAUAGUACCAUCUCAUAAAGAAGUUGAAGUAUUUUAACUACAUUAGACCUGCCAUUGUUUUCAUUCAUAGAUGGGUAUGUGGUUUUGAUCGACUGGUUUUAUUGUUGUGGACGAACUGUAAAUGAUAAAAAUAAAACCAUAUGGAGGUAGUGGGCAUUUCUAUCAGUUCUUAAUACAUAUAAUUUAUGGGACUUUUUCCUCUUAUGUUUUCAGGACCUACAGCUUGUGAAAUGAAUUAAAAAAUGCCAAUAUUCUUAAACAAGACGUACUGAUAAUUGUAUAUUUUCAUCAAAAUAUAAAGCAGAAUGUUUUGACCUGUAAUUCACAUUAAUUUUGCAAAUCUUGACAUUAUUUGAUUUUCAAUGCCUCAAAAAUUAUGUAUUGUAGUAAAUAAAUAUUUUAAUAAUGUACUUCUGAAAAUACGAAUUAGUCGGUGUAUUUAAAAUGUUUCCAAAUUCCUUCUCAAGAUGUCUUCAAGAGCAAAAUUCUUUAUACAUUUUAAAAAAUGUUAAAAAAUAGUUAUUAAUUUGUUCACGAGAAUACAUACAUACAUACAUACAAUUAAAAGGUUUUAAGAUCAAUUAAAUAAGAGUGAAUCUCGCUAAGUGAUGGAACUAAUUAGGCCCAUUUUAUAGUUAUAAUCAACGCAUAUUUGUUCCAGGAUUUGAUGUAUUUCUCAGGGAGAACACGAAUCCCCUUGAAGCUGCAGACCCAAUUGAACGCAAUUUGUUUAAUAUGAUGAUGUAAUUGC